GUGGACCUUGACAGCAGUGAAGCGCACAGAGUCCUGUUACCGUCUAAAGUCUAAAAUUAGGGAGGCACCCAGACUCCAAAUGACGCAAGAAAGCCAAAGUGGACGGUGUGCUCGCGUGGGUCAGCGGUAAGGACCCUGGGCCAUGGAGACGUUCCCACAACUUCACUGUUGUCAGUGACACGCUGCGUAUUUUUAGAUGUUGUUGUCAUCGUUCCGUAACAGCCCAGCAGAGGCGUUCGCUAUAAAGGAGUCCGACAAAAUGCAGUUGUACAACAGUGUACUCACACACUAUCCCAAGUCAACUCGUAAAGUUACAAUAACUUUAAGGACAGCGCCUGAACGUCAGAUUGGGAAUACUUGUACGUCCUUUGCCUCCAGUGCACAAAGUUCUCAACCGGACUCAAGUUCAACGACCAACGGAGAGCAGCUACAGGAGGGCGCGUCUUCCGCCAACAUGCCUGCCUUUUCGUGUUAUGAAGCUUCAUCCAUGAGGCCUAUUUACUACACAUCCACCGCGGAGAUCUUAAUACGCAGAGCUGAUGGAGUGGAGAGGUCUGUGCCGGUUCACAUUGUGAGGGAAUCUAAAGCCAAGUCCCAGUCUCCCAGUCUUGCUGAGCACAAUGACAGCACAUACAGAGACUCUGACGUGUUUGAGGACCUCAUAGAUCACCUGAGAAACGGAUUCGAGUCAGACCAGCUCAACAGAAAUGCACUUUUUAACGCCAAUAUGUGUCAACCCAUAACAGAAGAACAGAAGAUGUGUAGGCCAACUGACAGUGAGACGAAAGCUCCCCUCAGGAGCAAUGGAUGGGUUUCCACACAUGAGGAGGAGCUGAGGACCUCUGAGCCAGAAGAACCUGAAGGGGUCCUGACACAGGAGGUCACAGCAGAUCAGAGCCAGGCAGGGGGAAACAGAGGGCAGUUUGAGCUGAGUGUGCUACAGGAAGCCCCCUCACAGAAAGGGGACAUCAAUACUAAAGUUCAGCGGUACCUGGCAGAGGUGGAAACACAGAACAAGUACCUGGAAGAGCGCCACAAGUUCAGGUAUCACAUAAUCCCAGAUGGCAACUGUCUGUACAGAGCUGUGUGUAAGGCUGUGUAUGGAGACCAGGCCAGGCACAGGGAGCUGAGGGAGCAGACCGUGCACCACAUCGCUGACCACCUGGAUGAGUUUAACCCCAUCAUAGAGGGGGAUGUGUGUGAGUUUCUUAUCAACGCUGCACAGGAUGGAGCCUGGGCUGGAUACCCAGAACUCCUUGCCAUGAGUCAAAUGCUGAAUGUAAAUAUCCAGCUGACCACUGGGGGCAGCAUGGAGAGCCCCACAGUUUCCACUAUGCUGCACUACCUUGGUGAGGAGGACGCUGACAAACCGGAGAUCUGGCUGAGUUGGCUCAGUAAUGGCCACUAUGAUGCUCUCCUGGACAAGUGUGUUCCAAACCCAGAGUAUGAGGAGUGGUGUCGCCACUCACAGAUGCAAAGAAAACGAGAUGAGGAGCUGGCCAAGUCUAUGGCCGUGUCCCUGUCCAAAAUGUACAUUGAACAGAAUGGGGACAGUGGGAAGUGAACGUUGUCUGUCGAGAGCAGAACCACUGAUUAAGUUCCAAUAAGUUAUUUUAUCAUUUUUAUAAGAUUUAUAUACAGAGAAGAAGGAUGUGCAGUGCACUAUGUUUUUUACUCAAAAACAUGGCCAGAAUAGUGGCCUGUGUUUGAUGGGGUGAUUGUGUUCCUGUAGUCUGUUAUGGUGAGCUGAGAUCCACCAUUUAUUAUGCAGUAUUUAUUUGUCUCAUGUUUGCAGACCAAAAUGCCAUUCUGUCUACACUGUGUAGGCCCUUUCAAAACUUUGCAUUUGAUUUUUUGUGACACAACUGUUCUCCUUUGCACAAAUGUCUUUGCUUCAUUUAUUUGAAUAUUUUGGGUGAAUGCUUUAAAAUAAAAGUUUGGAUGAAUGCUUCAAAAUAAAAGUUUUGA